GCCCGAGGUGCUGAUGUGACACCCACCACUGGUUGCCAGGACUAUGGGGAAACUGCAGAGUAAAAUCAGCUUCCACACCACCAAAUACAGGGCUGAUGGCACCGUGGGACAGACGGGACCUGCCAGUGCCUCCCAGAAGCACAGCCCUGCUCACACCGACGCUGUCACCUCUGUGGCUGCUCUCCAGCCAGACCUGUGUGUGUCAGGAGGAAGGGAUAAGAGUGUGGCUGUGUCCAGCUGGAGGUCGGGGGCUGCCCUGCGCCGCUUCACUGGCCACGAGCGCGAGGUCACCAAGGUCACCUCAGCCCUUGACUCCAACAGAGUCUUCAGCGCAUCCCGGGACAAGACAGUGAUGAUGUGGGAGCUUCACGGGACUUCAGGGCCAAGCCAGCAGUUCCCAGGACAUGACCUGGUUGUUACUGGACUGGCUGUGAGCCCAGACGCCUCCCAGCUGUGCACGGGCUCCCGGGACAACACCGUGUGCAAGUGGGACACCGAGACCGGGGAGUGUCUGGGCAGAGCUGCAAUCUCCAGGAAUCUGGUCACACACCUGUGCUGGGUUCCUGGGGAGCCUUAUGUCAUCCAAACCUCAGAGGAUAAAACCACCAGGGUGUGGGACAGCCGGGAGCUACAGGUGGCCCACACGUUCCCUGCCAAGCAGCACAUCCAGACGUGCUGUGACGUGAGCCAGGACGGGCGGUACUGCCUCAGCAGCAGCAGCGGCUGCGCCGGCCACGGCGCCGAGGCCACGCUCUGGGACCUGAGGCAGACCAGGGGCCGAGUGUGUGAGUACAAAGGGCAUUUCCAGACCACCACCGCGUGUGUCUUCCUGCCUCGGGGCCCCACACUCGCCCCCAGCAUUGCCACAUCCUCCAGCGACAGCACGGUGAAGGUCUGGGACCAGGACACUGCAGCCUGCCUGGCCACGCUGUGCCUCGAGGGCUCGGGCUCGCUGGCCUCGCUGGCCGCCUGCGACAGCUCCACGCUGCUCUGCGCCAGCUCCAACUCCGGCAUCCACGUGCUGCGGGUGAGAGGGGGCACAGAGCUGGUCCUGGAGGAGGUGGCGGCGUUCUGAGCACUGGAACCCCUGUCAGACACUGUCCCUGGAGGAGGUGGCAACGUUCUGAGCACCAGAACCCCUGUCAGACACUGUCCCUGGAGGUGGUGGCAGCGUUCUGAGCACCGAACUCCUGUCACAGAUUGUCCCAGGGAGGGGACACGACCCCCAAGAGCUGCCCUGACGGGCAGCAGGGACUCUGUGCCUGUGGGAUAUGGCAGCAGGGCUGGGGGACGCGCUGGUUGGUUUGUGGGUGACAGGGAGGCAUCAGAGCUGUGCAGGAGAAAAACUAAACCCUGGGAGCUCCUCACUGAGCAUCCUGUAUUUUCCUUACGAAGCCUCCCUGCAGCCAGAGGCACGGGAAGAGCAGAGGGAGGAGAUGAGACAUCAGGACCAAGGGACAGAUACUUGAGCACCAGGCUGGGCACACACAGCAGAACCUGGGCCUGGACCAGAGGAGACUGCAAUGAAAUAAUUCUGUGGUCGUUGCUGGCCUCUCAUUCCAUCGGAUUUUCCCUGGAAGGAACUGUGCUCAUGUUCCCAAGGAAGAGACAGCUGCUCUCCAGCUGACAACAGCGAGGUGAAUCUGUCUUCUCUUUACUUCUGAAGGUUUUCAUCCAAUCACAGGAUUCCUGAGCUGGAGGGACCCACCAGGAUCACCCAGCCCAGCCCUGUCCCUGCCCAGACCCCCCAAAAUCCCAC